GCUCACUGACCUCCAUCUUUUAUGAAAGGGAAACAGAAGAAGAGCGAAGAGAAGCUGAAUCAUCACUGUCAUGGACAGAUAUCUUGUUUUGUUCAUGCUCUUAUCAGGUCUGUGUUUCCUACCGGCCUCUUUGCCAUACAAAUACUUCUUGAUUGAAAAAGCAAAGUCGUGGUCUGAAGCCCUGGACUACUGCAAGGAAAGAUACUCAAACCUGGCCAUUGUUCGGAACGCAAAGGACAUGGAGCAGCUGGUGGACGUUUCCCAGCCUCAUUUAAGGAAACAGGUGUGGAUCGGACUGCGGUAUGAGCUGACCAAAUGGCUGUGGAUACAGGGGGAGGGAAAUUAUGUUCCAGCAGAGUUCACGAUGUGGGCUCCAGGUGAACCUGAUGACCACGAACAGGGACAAGAGAACUGCGUCUUUGCAAGAAAUGGCUUCUGGCAUGACUCCGUAUGCAGUGAGGAAGAAUACUUUGUCUGCUCCAAUGGACCAUCGGUCACUCCCAGGUUCUUUUUGAUGGACAUCAAGUUGAGCAAGAGCAACGCCCACAGGCACUGCAGGAGGAACUUCACUGACCUGGCCAGUGUGAGCAAUGAAGCUGAAAAUGAAGAGCUGAAGACCCUCACAGCGGGCGUCGACCACUGGAUCAGCCUCUUCAGAGCCCCGUGGAAGUGGUCAGAUGGGAGUCACAUGACUUUCUACAGGUGGAACACGACUCUAGAGGAACCAAACGGAGGCAAUCGAACUCCCUGUGUGACGGUCCGUAGAGGAGCCUGGGAGGACGAUGACUGCGAGCAACAGUUAUUCUUUGUCUGUCAAAUUGAGAUUCAUAUGAAGAAGGUCAUGUUAAAAGGAACCACUGAGAAUUUAUCACUGAACCUGGAGGAUGAAGCAGAAGCCAUCUUGCAGCAGUUGAACCAGACAGUGACAGAUCUCGGACUGACACAAGCAGUGAAGCUGACCUGGACGAAGCAGCCUGAUGGGAAGAUCUUCCACCAAGACAAAGAAGAGGUGGAGAAGUCCAAGGAGAACACCUGCAUCGUUACAUGAGCGAAGAAUCAUCUUCAUGAUCUUUUCUGUUCUACAUGUGAUCAUUUUAAUUCUAUCUGACAUGUGUCAGUUGUUCAGACACAAAGAUAAUGACAAAGAUCCAGUGAGGACACAAUUCACUUUUAACUCAUAUUUGUUUGUCAAUCAGCUCAAAAAAAAUGUAUGCUGACUGCUUUUUCAUUCCUUCUGAAGGAGUACAAGCUGGGUAUUGUGCACAAAAACACAAGUUGCAGCUGAUCUGCAAAUUUGACAAAAUGAGGAUUUUUCCAGACAGAUAUGCAGACCUGUGAUCAUAUCUUAGUCAAUCUGCAAAAUCGCUCAGCUGAAGAGAACAUGUAGAACAGUGCUUAGAGUGUUUCCUAAUAGAGCAACAAAGAAACGAGAUCGAUUUGAUAGUUUUUAAUGUGUUUUGAAGAGACAGUGCUUUCACUGUAUUAUUUUGAUUAUUUUUUUUGUGAGAUUGAUAAAAGAAAGCAACACAAAGUUAUUUCACAGUUUCCCACUGUGUAAAUGAAACUGUGUUUUAAAUAAAACAGUCUCACUGAAUCUCACUGAUGUGUUGCUUGUGGUUGGAGUUGAAAAUCUCAGUGGAGUGAAAAAUCACAGGAAGUCUGUCCUGAAAUGAGAGGGAAUUAGGAAGUGCACUGUUACGGCUGUUGCCGUGUUCUCAGUUCUCCCCCCCCCCAAUGUGAGUGUGUGUCUGUGUCAGAGUGCGUGAUCCCAGGCUGCUGCUGCUGCAGGAAUCAUCUCCAUUGCCUGCACCUGGGGAGCCUGGCCCGAGAGCACCUCGUCAACCAACCCUGCGGAGCAGCUGAGGGGAUA